GGAGGAGGGGCCUCAUCCAGUCCGGCACCAGGACAGCACCGUCUCUCUCUCCCUCCGUCUGUCCAUCCGCAGGUCCCUGCCGCUUGCCUUGCGCUUCCCCUCUGGACAGCAUUAGGAGCCCAGAAGCAAGGCCUGCCUGACACCAUGAGGGGACUUGGGCUCUUCUGCUGCUGCUGUGUGGCCCCACUCUUCCUCCUCAUCCUUGCUUCCGCAGAGGAGGCGGAGGAGGCCGUGGCAGAGUCAGCUAAGCGGGACCGUUCUCACAUUGAGAGCACCCUGAAGCUCAAGGAGGAGAAGCCUGCGGACGACUACUCAGCCACCCUGCAGCGGCUCCGGAAGAUCUACCACACAUCCAUCAAGCCCCUGGAGCAGUCUUACAAGUACAAUGAACUGCGGCAGCAUGAGAUUACUGCUUACCCUGGACGCACCUUGGGCUCCUCAGCCACAGAUGGAGAGAUUACUUCCAAGCCGAUGGUGCUGUUCCUGGGACCAUGGAGUGUUGGCAAAUCCACCAUGAUCAACUACCUCCUGGGCCUGGAUGAUACUCCCUAUCAGCUGUAUACAGGGGCGGAGCCCACCACCUCAGAGUUCACCGUCAUCAUGCAUGGUCCCAAGCUCAAGACCAUCGAAGGAAUUGUGAUGGCGGCAGACAGCGCCCGCUCCUUCUCGCCUCUUGAAAAGUUUGGCCAGAACUUUCUGGAGAAGCUGAUUGGGAUUGAGGUCCCUCAUAAGCUUUUGGAGAGGGUUACCUUUGUGGAUACCCCAGGCAUCAUCGAGAACCGGAAGCAGCAGGAAAGAGGCUACCCGUUCAAUGAUGUCUGCCAAUGGUUCAUCGACAGAGCUGACCUCAUCUUUGUGGUCUUUGACCCCACCAAGCUAGAUGUGGGCCUUGAGCUGGAGAUGCUCUUCCGCCAGCUGAAGGGACGGGAAUCUCAGAUCCGGAUCAUCCUGAACAAGGCGGACAGCCUGGCCACACAGGAGCUCAUGCGUGUUUACGGAGCCCUGUUCUGGAGUCUGGCCCCGCUGAUCAAUGUCACAGAGCCUCCCCGGGUCUAUGUCAGCUCCUUCUGGCCCCUGGACUACCACCCUGACACCCACAGAGAGCUUUUCCUGAAAGAGGAGAUCUCCCUCCUGGAGGAUUUGAACCAAGUGAUUGAGAACAGGCUAGAGAACAAGAUCGCCUUCAUCCGCCAGCAUGCCAUCCGGGUUCGCAUCCAUGCGCUCCUCGUCGACCGCUACUUGCAAACAUAUAGGGAUAAAAUGACCUUCUUCAGUGAUGGGGAGCUGGUGUUCAAGGACAUUGUGGAGGAUCCAGACAAGUUCUACAUCUUCAAGUCCAUCCUGGCGAAGACCAAUGUCAGCAAGUUUGACCUCCCCAACCGUGAGGCAUACAAGGACUUCUUUGGGAUCAAUCCCAUCAACACUUUCAAGCUCCUGGCCCAGCAGUGCUCCUACAUGGGAGGGUGUUUCCUGGAGAAGAUUGAGAAGGCCAUCACCCAUGAGCUGCCAGACCUCCUGGGUAGCAUUGGCCUGGGGAAGAAGCCCAGUGUCCUCUCCUGUGACACAACAGGCUGUGGCGAAGCCCCCAAGAACCGCUACAAGAAACAUUAACAGGCUGCCCAGUGUCAACCACUCCCCCAUUCUUGUUGGUGAAUGAGCUUAUGUCUUAUCUGUCCAAGAAGCCAAGGUCUGCAAACCCU